CAUAUCGUAUAACAUAGUAAAAAUGAACUCAAUAGUUUUUGUAGCCGUGCUUGCGGCUCUGUGCCAAACCCUAGUAGCUAAAGAAACUGAUGAGGUCGCUCACAUAAGAGUACCACGCACAUUAUUGUUGAAAAAGAAGCUUUGUUCUAUACUAGGACUUUGCGGAGGCGGAGGAGGACAGUAUGGCGGAGGUGGGCACUACAGCGGAGGUCAUAACUAUCAGAACCAACAAGGAGGCUAUCCACCAAUAAAUAUAGGCAUCAGCCAAUCACAAUCAUCAGCAAAUGCAGGCGGUGGAGGUUUCGGAACUGGUUAUUACCCAAAUAACUACCAAUACAAUGGAGGUUAUCCAAACCACGGUGGUUAUGAUUCUUAUGGGAGACCAGGUUACUUUGGUAAUGGUUACGGUGCUAACAAUAACCAGUUUAACGGUAACUAUUAUGGAGGUAAUAGGCAGCCCAAUGGUGGUUAUGGUUACCGAGGACCUUUUGGUAAUUAUUACGAUGAAGGUGAAGAUACUAAACCAAUUUAUGAAGAUAAUAAUGAGAAUGGAUCAACUUAUGAUGGAUAUGAACGUGAUUACAGGAAUGUAGGAUAUAGAAGUAAUCAAUAACUUAUAGUUACUAAAAUUGAGUCUAUUAACUCGAUCUGUGAUAAUUAUCUGACUAGAAAGUGUAACGUUCGAUACAAUAAUGAAAUCCUUUGGUUAUUAU